UUCUUGCUCCCUAUGUCCCUGCCGUUGGAGGUGUCUGUGGGGAAGGCUACCACCAUCUACGCUAUCAACGGCUCAGCGAUCCUGCUGCCCUGCACCUUCUCCAGCUGUUUUGGCUUCGAGAAUCUCUACUUCAGAUGGUCCUACAAUAACACCGAGACGUACAGGAUUCUCAUAGACGGCAUUGUGAAGAAUGAGAAGUCUGACCCGAAGGUGAAGGUGAAGGGCGAUGACCGCAUUACCCUGGAGGGCUCCACGAAGGAGAAGAUGAACAACAUCUCCAUCCUGCUGAGUGACCUGGAGUUCAGUGACACGGGCAAAUACACCUGCUUUGUGAGGAACCCCAAAGAGAAGGACCUCAACAACUCUGCCACCAUUUUCCUCCAAGUGGUUGAUAAAUUGGAAGAAGUGGACAACACGGUGACGCUCAUCAUCCUGGCUGUGGUGGGUGGGGUCAUCGGACUUCUGGUCUGCAUCCUGCUGCUGAAGAAGCUCAUCACCUUCAUCCUCAAGAAGACCCGAGAGAAGAAGAAGGAAUGUCUCGUGAGUUCCUCCGGGAAUGACAACACAGAGAAUGGCCUACCCGGCUCCAAGGCAGAGGAGAAGCCACCCACAAAAGUGUGAGGUCCUGCGGGGCCAAGCAGCGCAGGGAGCCUCACUU